AAUACAAAUGUAAAUAGUGUAAAUAUUUAGUUCAUGAAUGAAUGAAUGAAUUAAUGCCUACAUUUAUAUUUAUUUUAAUAUUAUGGUGCAUCCAGGUUGUAAACAGGUUGUAAACAUGUGUCAUAAACAUCAGUGGUUAACAGUAAGUUGCAGUGUCAAAGUAUAGACAUGCCAGAGAAGUAAACAGUAAACAGUAAACAGUGAGGCCAGAGUAAACAAAGCGGCCGGGGUCCAGACAGCUCUGAGAGGACACCAUGUCCCCGUGUGGAUGAGUGGGUGGACCCUCUGUCAGCUGCAGGUGUCCCUUUGACCCUCCACAGACUCAAUGUGUUGGUGUCACAGUCAAGAGGUCUCAGCUGGGAGCAGGUCGCGUCCCGCCUGGCUCGCUCUCGGAUGAUGACAACAAAAAUCAUUCACUUCAUGGUCAACGGGAGGCUGGAGCACGCCGAGUUUGGAGACGACUGCUCGGCCGCAGACGUCAAAGAUCUGUUCCGGGCGGCGGCGGAGGCGGGGCCUCACCACAUCCUGAAGAUGUACAACAAAGACGGCAGCGUGCUGAACAUCUCCCCGCGCCUGGAGCCCAACAGCCAGGACUCGUACUACCGACUGGAGGUGGUGGCGUCCGAUCUGAAGAGUGUGGGGCUGCCAAAGGAGCUGGACACCAUGGAGUACAGGCUGCGUCAUCUGGAGAACAAGGUCAUCGAAGACGUGGGGAAGAGUCCGGAUAUCAUCUGUGACAUGAAGAGCCAAGUGGAGUCGUUCAAGAGGAAGCUGGAGAGUGUGGGCCACCUGAGCUGGAUGGGUCUGUUCAAGGAGGACAGUGACCAUCAGCUCUCCAAGAUCUCCAUGAAACCCAAAACGCCUCAGCUGAGCGUACAGGAGGAGCGCCAACAAGUCCGCAAGAACUUCCUCAGCAUGAGAGCGCAGCUGGAAGAGACUGUGAGACGUGUGUCCUCUCUGUGUUGCCGUAGCUCGCUGCAGGUGACAGAGGAAGUGAGAGAGAAUCUGAAAACCCCCAUUUUUGACAACUGGCAGUGGGAGGAGGCGGAGAUGCUGGUGCUCCUCCAGGUGAUGUUCACCGACCUGGACUUCCUGACGGCGUUCCACAUCGAGCUUGAGGUCCUGCAGAACUUCCUGUUCGAGGUCUACUGCCACUACAACAACAUCCCCUUCCACAACUUCAGGCACUGCUUCUGCGUCACUCAGAUGAUGUACGGGCUGAUCUGGCUGACAGACCUCCGGAGUAAAAUAGCGAAAAUCGACCUGCUGAUCAUGUUGACCUCGGCACUGUGCCACGACCUCGACCACCCCGGCUACAACAACGUCUACCAGAUCAACGCUCAGACCGACUUAGCUCUUCGCUACAACGACAUUUCACCCCUGGAAAACCACCACUGUGCCGUCGCCUUCAGCAUCAUGUCCAAGCCAGAAUGCAACAUCUUGAAAAACCUGACCUGUGAGCAGUACAAACACAUCCGAGGAGGAAUGAUCAGGUGUAUUCUGGCCACCGACAUGGCGAGACACAACGAAAUUCUCAACAAGUUCAGAUCCAUGCAGCCGGUGUUUGACUUCACCAACAAGGACCACAAGGAAGUGCUGAUGAAGAUCAUGGUGAAGGUGAGCGACAUUUCCAACGAGGCGAGGCCAAUGGCCGUGGCCGAGCCGUGGCUCGACUGUCUGCUGCAGGAGUUCUUCAACCAGAGCGACACAGAGAAACUUAAAGGGCUUCCAGUGACUCCCUUCAUGGACAGAGACAAAGUGUCCAAACCGUCCUCUCAGACCAAGUUCAUCCGGUUUGUCCUCCUGCCGCUCUUCAGUGAGCUCACCAAGCUGUUCCCCUGUCUGGAGCGACACAUUCUGGAGCCGGUGAGGAAGGCGCUGGAGUAUUACACCGACCUGGAGAGAGCCAGCAAGACGGAGGAGGAGGAGGAGGAGGGGACAGCCAAAGCAUGAGGAAGAAGAAGAGGAGGAAGAAGAGGUCUAAUAGUCUCAACGUUUUCAUCUCCAGGAUGCGUUAGCGGACACAUUAUAUUCAGUGUGCUAGUUACAGCAUGUGAAACAUUAGCCUUUGAAAUAUAACUUAUAUUCUAAGUUAGGAACAUGACUGCACCUUAUACAUUUGCUGAUAUAUAAGACAAUCCAAGAUACGUGAUGCUUUUGUUUUUUUCAAUAUGUAAUUACUGAUAAUUCAUCUUCUGGUAAAAACCUCUUCAAUGUUUAGAUCUUAAGUUACCAGAGAAAAAAGGUGAGCACACAUUAGCAGGAGCUAGGCAAACAGCUUGUCUCUGGCCUCAACAAUUGCUCAGCUUGUUUCUCUUAUAAGUUAAGAUCCCGACGUUCAGGAGGUUUUUCUCAGGAGCCGAAUUAUCCACAGAGGUCUCUUUCUCGCCAAAACAAACACACCAACUGAUUUACACCGGUAAAAACACUGAAUAAAACAGUUUCAUGCUUAAAAUCAGUGUUUUUCAGAUGCUGUUUGGCACAGCAGGGGCUGGAGCUGAGCUAUAGCUAAUGUUUGCUCAGUUUGUUUCUCUGAUAACUUAAAAUCCAGACGUCCGAUGACUAAAAUUCUUCCUCCAGUUACAACACAUAGUUAAAAAUGACCAAGAUUUUUAAGUUUAUUGUAAAAAUGUGACUUAAAAUUGGAUAAAAAGUCAAUUUGUGCCACGGACAGGC